AUAAUUAAUUAUAAAACAUUUGUUUUAAUCUUUCAGAGACCACAUGACCCCGAGACGGUAGACCUGACCCUAGAACUUCUGGAUCGCGACUCCAAUGGGCGUGUUGAUUUCAAUGAAUUCCUCCUGUUCCUUUUCAAGAUUGCUCAAGCUUGCUAUUAUGCUCUCGACCAGGCUGCAGGGCAGGAUGAGAGGCAAGAUCGCAGGCAAGAAGACCAAAGGAGAUUCGAGCCCCAGGUUGAAGAACCAGGGCGCCGAAGCCGGCAGAAGAGACAUGAGCAGGAGGAGCGCGCUGAGGAGCUGAGGAAGAGGCAGGAGAGAUUGGAGCAGCGCUGCGACGAAGAGCCCCGGCUGCAAAGACGAGAACUGCAAGAACUAGAGGAGCGCCUUGCAGAGAAAGAGCCGCUAAGCUGGAGCCAGGGUCCUGAUGCUGAGGAGUUUUCUGAGGAAGAGGAACAGCAGAGGCGAGAGAGGAAAGAACUCAGGAGCGAGGACCACACGGAAGAGAGACGGCUGCAGGAGCGCGGGCGAAGAGAGCUAAGCGAACCGCAGCGGAGGCGCGAACCCCAGUUGAGGCGCACGCAGGAGUUGGUGCCCGAGGAGGACGAGCAGACGCAGCUCCAGGAGCCCAACGAGAGCUUCACCCAGAGGUGGCAGCGGCAGCUGGAAAGCGAGGCAGAAGCCCGUCAGAACAAAGUCUACUCCAGGCCUCGCAGACAGGAGCCGGAAAAGCGUCAGCUCGGGGAGCAGGAGCAGCGCCGCGACCUCGGACCGCAGCGUCCCGCUGAGGAGGAGCACCUGGAGCAAGAGCAGCAGUUCCGCAAGCGGGAGGAGCAGCGCUUCCGGGAGGAUGAGUUGCAGCGAGCCCAGCUCCAGGACAGCCUCCUAGAGGAACGCCUGAGGCGUCGUCAGGUGGAGCGCCGGGACCAAAACAGAAGCGGGCAACUGCGGGAAGAAAGCCAGAGGCGCCACACGCUGUACGCCAAACCCAGCCAGAGGCAGCAGAGGGAGGAAGAGCUACGCGAGGAGCGGCUGCUGCAAGAAGUGGAGCAGCAGCGCCAGCAGAGGGGGAGGAGAUAUCGCCAGGAGGAAGAGCAGCUGCAGAAGGAAAGGAGACACCUGCAGCAGGAGAGGCAAUAUCAAGAGGAGGAACUGGAGCAGGAGGAAGAGCGGCUGAAGCAGCAGGAAGAGCGACUGCGGAGAGAAAGGAGAAGCCUGCAGCGGGAGAGGCAGUGUCACAAGGAGGACGAGGCGCAGCGGGAGGAAGAGCAACUGCAGCAGGCGGAAGAGCAUCUGCAGCGGGAGGAAGAGCGGCUGCGGAAGGAAAGGCGACUCCUGCAGCAGGAGAGGCAGUAUCAAGAGGAAGAACUGCAGCAGGAGGAAGAGCAUCUGCAGCGGGAGGAAGAGCGGCUGCGGAAGGAAAGGCGACUCCUGCAGCAGGAGAGGCAGUAUCAAGAGGAGGAACUGCAGCAGGAGGAAGAGCAUCUGCAGCGGGAGGAAGAGCGGCUGCGGAAGGAAAGGAGACUCCUGCAGCAGGAGAGGCAGUAUCAAGAGGAAGAACUGCAGCAGCUGCGGGCUGAAGAUCAGCGUAGGGAUCUGAAAUGGCAGUGGCAACCAGAGAAAGAAAACCAAGUUCGCAGUCACAGGCUCUUCUCCAAGCGCAGGGAGGAUGAAGAAAAGAUCCAGCAGCUGGAAGAUUCUCUGGAGCAAGAGAGACGGUUACGUCAGGAUCGGCGGUCCCUGCAAGACGAAGCGGAAGAGAAGAGAGAGCUGGAGCAGGAGAGGAGGCGCCGACAGCAGCGCGACCGGCAGUUCCUAGCAGAAGAGGAGCUGCAGCGAGAGCACCAAAGGGAAGCCAAAAGACGAGAUGAGACGUUCCAGGAGGAAGAGCAGCUCCUGAGAGACCCGAGAAGACGGCCAGAGGAGAGGGAUAGGAAGUUCCUUGAGGAGGAAAAGCAGCUGCGGAAGGAACGGGAAGAACUGAGGCGGCGGCAAGAACAAGAGAGACAAUUCCAGGAGGAAGAGGAGCUGCGCCUCCAAGAACGCGAGGAAGAACUUCGGCAGGAGCGCAACAGAAAAUCCUGUGAGGAACAAAAGCGCCGCCAGCAGCGUGAAGAAGAGCAACAUCGCCGGGAGCGGCGGCGUGAGGAAGAGCAGCACCGCCAGGAGCGUGACGGAAGAUUCCGCUCUGAAGAAGAGCGCCGCCAGGAGCGUGACAGAAGUUUCCACCAGGAACAAGAGCGCCGCCAGCAGCGUGACAGAAGUUUCCACCAGGAACAAGAGCGCCGCCAGCAGCGUGACAGAGGUUUCCACCAGGAAGAAGAGCGCCGCCAGCAGCGUGACAGAAGUUUCCGCCAGAAAGAAGAGCGCCGCCAGGAGCGUGACAGAAGUUUCCACCAGGAACAAGAGCGCCGCCAGGAGCGUGACAGAGGUUUCCACCAGGAACAAGAGCGCCGCCAGGAGCGUGACAGAGGUUUCCACCAGGAACAAGAGCGCCGCCAGGAAGAAGAGCGCCGCCAGCAGCGUGACAGAGGUUUCCGCCAGGAACAAGAGCGCCGCCAGGAACUCGAGGAAGAGCAGCUGAGACGCCAGGAACGUAACAGAAAAUUCCAAGAGGAAGAAGAGCGCCGUCAGGAGCUCGAGGAAAAGCAGCUGCGAGACCGAAAGUUGAGGGUAGAGGAGCAACUUCGCAGGGAGCGCGAGGGAGAGCUGCGGCGCCGACAGGAAUGUGACAGAAAAUUCCGCCGAGAACAAGACUUCCGCCAGGAACUGGAGGAAGAGCAGCCGAGGGAUAGAAAGUUCCGCCGGGAACAAGAGCUCAGGCGUGACAGAAAAUUCCAUGAGGAAAAAGAGCGCCGCCAGGAGCGUGAAGAAGAGCAGCUGAGGGAUAGAAAGUUCCGCCGAGAACCAGAGCUCAGGCGCGACAGAAAAUUCCGUGAGGAAGAAGAGCGCCUCCAGGAACUCGAGGAAGAGCAGCUGAGACGUCAGGAACGUAACAGAAAAUUCCAAGAGGAAGAAGAGCGCCGCCAGGAGCGCAAGGAAGAGCAGCUGAGGGAUAGAAAGUUCCGCCGAGAACCAGAGCUCAGGCGCGACAGAAAAUUCCGUGAGGAAGAAGAGCGCCUCCAGGAACUCGAGGAAGAGCAGCUGAGACGCCAGGAACGUGGCAGGAAAUUCCACGAGGAAGAAGAGCGCCGCCAGGAGCGCAAGGAAGAGCAGCUGCGAGACCGAAAGUUAAGGGUGGAGGAGCAACUUACCAGGGAGCGUGAGGAAGAGCUGCGGCGGCGCCCACAGGAAUGUGACAGAAAAUUCCGCCGAGAACCAGAGCUCAGGCGUGACAGAAAAUUCCUAGAGGAAGAAGAGCGCCUCCAGGAACUCGAAGAAGAGCAGCAGAGACGUCAGGAACGUAACAGAAAAUUCCUAGAGGAAGAAGAGCGCCGUCAGGAACUUGAAGAGGAGCUGAGACGCCAGGAACGUGGCAGGAAAUUCCACGAGGAACAAGAGCGCCGCCAGGAACUCGAGGAAGAGCAGCUGAGACGCCAGGAACGUGGCAGGAAAUUCCACGAGGAACAAGAGCGCCGCCAGGAACUCGAAGAGGAGCUGAGACGCCAGGAACGUGGCAGGAAAUUCCACGAGGAACAAGAGCGCCGCCAGGAACUCGAAGAGGAGCUGAGACGCCAGGAACGUGGCAGGAAAUUCCACGAGGAACAAGAGCGCCGCCAGGAACUCGAAGAGGAGCUGAGACGCCAGGAACGUGGCAGGAAAUUCCACGAGGAACAAGAGCGCCGCCAGGAACUUGAAGAGGAGCUGAGACGCCAGGAACGUGGCAGGAAAUUCCACGAGGAAGAAGAGAGCCACCAGGAACUCGAGGAAGAGCAGCUGAGACGCCAGGAACGUGGCAGGAAAUUCCACGAGGAACAAGAGCGCCGCCAGGAACUCGAAGAGCAGCUGAGACGCCAGGAACGUGGCAGAAGAUUCCACGAGGAAGAAGAGCGCCACCAGGAACUCGAGGAAGAGCAGCUGAGACGCCAGGAACGUGGCAGGAAAUUCCACGAGGAACAAGAGCGCCGCCAGGAACUUGAAGAGGAACUGAGACGCCAGGAACGUGGCAGGAAAUUCCACGAGGAAGAAGAGAGCCACCAGGAACUCGAGGAAGAGCAGCUGAGACGCCAGGAACGUGGCAGGAAAUUCCACGAGGAAGAAGAGCGCCACCAGGAACUCGAGGAAGAGCAGCUGAGACGCCAGGAACGUGGCAGGAAAUUCCACGAGGAACACGAGCGCCGCCAGGAACUUGAAGAGGAACUGAGACGCCAGGAACGUGGCAGGAAAUUCCACGAGGAAGAAGAGCGCCGCCAGGAACUCGAAGAGCAGCUGAGACGCCAGGAACGCGCCAGGAAAUUCCAUGAGGAAGAAGAGCGCCGCCAGGAGCGAGACCGAAGAUUCCGCGGGGAACCAGAGCUCCGGAAAGAAAGGGAGGAGCAGCAGCGUCACCAUCAGGAACGGGAGCAACAGCUUUGCCAAGAGCGUGACAGGAAAUUCCAGGAGGAGAAGCAGCUGCGCCAGGAACGUGAGGAACUGCAGUUGCGGAGGCAGAAACGAGAUGGUCAGUACCUGGCUGAGGAUCAGUUUGCCAGGGAUAAAAUUCGUCGUCAGGAACAGGAACAGCAUCAAAAAGAGGAACAACUACGUCGCCAAGAACGGGAGAGAAAAUUCAAAGAAGAGCAGAUCCGUCGGCAGGCAGAGCAGAGGCGCCGCCAAAUCCUGGAGAGUGGCACACGCCAAUUUGCCAAUGUCCCAGUGCGUUCCAGCCCUCUCUAUGAGUACAUCCAAGAGCAGAGGUCUCAAUACCGCCCUUAAAGGAUGCUACCAACGUCCUGGCAGCAGCCAAAUCUUUUUUUCUUUUUCAAGCAAAAGAAAAUGAGAAACACUGGGUAUCAAAUGAUAACUCAUGUGUUUCUGGUUGUGGGAAAACUCUCUAAUCUUAGAAUGUCUUUUCCAGAAUCUUCAACUAUACCUAUUUCAUUUCUUUCUAUUCCUGUCUUUCAUUCUGCCUCAGAUCUUUAUUGCAAGAUGUCUUUGUUCUUUAGUGCAGAUAUGGUGUGCACUUUUAAAAAGAAGUCAUUUAAUGUUUUUAAAGGAAUUUUGUUUGAGGAGCACAUUGAUUUAUUGCCUUCAUAAAUAAGAAUGAUGUAGCAAUUUGAUAUUCAAAAUAAUUGAGCCACUAUUUUUAGUGGUGGAUCAUCUUGUUGGGAGCUCUCAUUUUAUAAGUUUAAGUUGACUUUUUCUUUGGCCUAAAUUUCAUUUGUAUUCUCCUCCAAACAGUUUUCUUGAUUUUUGUUGCAUAAUUUUGCCAGCCCUCAAAUAAUGCAGGGAAAUGAUUUAUGCAGAAAAAAAUACCAUGUGAAAUCAGUUCAUAACUGAAAGAAAUAUCUGUUAAGAGAAAGACUUGGACAGGAAAUUAGAAUUUGACAUUGUAUUUUUAUACUUAGCACCACUUAAAAUUUCAUGAAGCAAAAGCAAGGUGUUUCUCAAACAACUCAAAUUUAAAACUGCUGUAAUUUGUAGAGCUCUGUUCUAUUUCCCAAAGUUUUGUUGGGUUUUUAGAAUAUUAUUACUUUUGUACAUUUUGGUUUAGAGGGAACCUCUUCAAGGCCCUGUACACAUCUGUCUUGUUUGGGUCCAACAAGAGUUCAGAGUGAUGGAAGAAGGAAAGGGGGAAAUGUAUGAACAGAGGACAAAUUUCUAGAGGUUUCUAGACUUAUCAGCCCACAAUUAUCUGAGACUUUAUACUACCUUAAAGACAUUCUUGUUGAAAAAAAUUGGACUGUAAAAAAAUCAAUAAAUGUUUGGCAAAUAAUUAUCCUUGUCUGUUAUAAUUAUGUGUCUAUCAUAACUCAUAUCUAAUCUGGAAAUGCAUAUAUUUCCAA